UAACAGCAGCAUUAAUUGUCGGAGGAGGGAGUGAAAGGUGAACUCCCUGUGCGUAACAAAACCAGGGUGUACAAGUUGAGAACUUUAGACAUGCUGUUGGGCCCUUUAAACUGCACGCAUUCCCUCCUCAGGAAUCCCUGAAAAGUUACUAAUGGAUCUAUCCCCUGAUGAGGACCAACAGUGGUAUGGAUAAUUAGGGACGGACAAGUUCCUCCAACAUCAGAUUUAGCCAGGAAUGGGGAAGUCUUUUUGUUGCUCCUGAGCUCCCUUCCUAAUUUCAGUCACUCCAAAUCUAGUAGUGCUAAUAGUGAUGGUGCUGCCAUGACAUGAGAGUUCACAUGGGCUCACAAAGCACAGAUGAUAUCAAAGUAUCUUGCAUUUUGUCUGGAAGGUCUUCACAAAGAUGGCUUUGAUAAUUGGUAAGCAUUUUGCCAGCGCAGUUACGGUAAUUGAAAGGUGUGUUAGCAGGCGCCUCUCUCCUGGGUCACAGUCCCCUUUAUGACCUGUUCCUGUGCUUUGAUGUCACAAUGUAUCUGCCCAGGAUCCUGAGCCAUUCUGCUAUGAAUCUCAGCUUGGUGCCUGAGCUGCUCAUGUUUGGGCAUAGUUCUGAGUGGCAAUCAUGUGCGAUGAUUCAGACAAGAUUCGGCGAGAUAAUUUGAAGCUGACAGCAGAGAACAAAGCAUUAAAACGGCAGAUUACCUUGCUCAAAGAAAAUGAGGAGUUACGUAACAUGCUAUCCUCUAACUGUGCACCAUUGCUUGGACAGAAACCAAACUGUUAUUCAAAUUUUAGUCAUUCCAACACAGCUACAGCAACACGAGGUUCCACAUUGUGCAGCUCCCCAGAGCAAACAGGCACCUGUGAAAUGCAGGAUCAUCACAACCGGCAGCCAAGCCCCACCCUGGAGAACCUGCUCACCCUUUCUUUAUCGGAUGAUGUGCACUCUGUGAGUUUCAAUGCUGCAGUCGGUGCAACACAGCCAACAAAGUCCUCCAGCUACUGCCGAACCUCCGAGUUGUUUGAGACGAGCACCCCUGAUGCUUCAGGCGUCUCCCAGGAAGAGGAUGUGAGCAAACAGUUGGUCGACACCGAGACUCGACCCAGCACCAAGAAAAUGUGGUUUUCAGAAACAGCUACAUCGGAUGAAUCAAAAAAACUGUUUCUCGAGGAGGGGAACAAAACACGAGUAUUUUACGUGAAUGAGAUGGACUCCUUCUCAAAUAUGGAGAAAAACAGUCGUGUGAUUGGAGAGAUUGCAUUCCAACUUGACCGGAGGAUUCUUGCACAUGUAUUCCCAGGAUUAACCAGGCUGUAUGGAUACACCGUAUCUAACAUCCCAUCCAAAAUCAAACAGAAUUCCAUUAAUCCCAUGGAUGGCACAGUGGACAAACAGAAGUGGAGGGAAAUGACGCAGUGUUACACAGCCUUGUUAUCAAAACUCGAGAAACUUAACUAUAACACAGACAUCCAUACAGGCUUCAGUGAGUUUCUGGUUAACACCUAUGGGAUUCUCAAGCAGCGCCCAAAUGCCUACACCAACAUCACCUACAAUCCCAUCAUCCUGCGUAAACUCGUCAUUGACAUGGUCCCUGCUAAGUUUCUCCGGGACACACUGGUUUUGCUGAACUGUCUCUGUGAGCUAUCACGCAAUGACAAGAAACCCUUGUUUCCAUGGUGACCAUCAUUACCUCUGAAAUCAUUCAGAGUUCACAAGAUUUAAAAUAAACCAUUUAUUUUCCUGUUUUGUUUGAAAGGAAAGUGUAAAGAAGUGUUCUGAGAUCGAUGA